AUGUACAUACAUUGUGCAGCAACUCAGGCCUGAGCAAUACAAUGGAUGUUACUAGCAUCAUUUUGCUCUUCUGCUCCACUUUAUUAACAACCUUCAUGUACUCUGUAGCAGUAGACACCAUUAGAGUGAAUCAAACCAUUAGAGAUGGUGAGACCAUCAUAUCAGCCGGUGGGGAUUUUGAGCUAGGAUUUUUCAGCCCUGGUAGUUCUACGAAUCGAUAUCUGGGUAUCUGGUACAAGAGUAUAUCCAACGGGACUGUUGUAUGGGUUGCUAACAGGGAUACUCCUAUUAGUAAUUCUGCAGGUGUUUUAAUGGUCAAUGACAAGGGAAUUAUUUUGCAGACAGAUGACAGGAUCAUAUGGUCAUCGAAUAUCACCAUAUCGCUGAAGAAUCCUGUUGCAAGACUAUUGGAUUCUGGGAAUUUGGUUGUAAGGGAGGAUGAUAAUGAUAUCAACAAUGCAGAAAAUUUUAUUUGGCAGAGUUUUGAUCAUGCGGUAGAUACUAUGCUUCCUACCAUGAAGGUUGGACUAAACUUGGUAACGGGCUUAGAGAGUUACGUUACAUCAUGGAAAAGUGUUGAUGAUCCAUCCAGGGGAAGUUUUAGUAACCGUAUUAAUCCUAAUGGUUUUCCACAGUAUUUCAUAUCGAAAGGUUCAGCAAAAUGGUUUAGGACUGGACCAUGGGUUGGUAACCAGUACAGUGGGUAUCCGAAGAGUAAUCCAAAUGGCAUAUAUAAAGACAGAUUUGUUUUCAAUAAGAAGCAAAUUUAUUAUGAGUUUGAUCUUGUCAAUAAUACUUCUGCUGUUAUAAGGUUCAAAUUGACACCAAAUGGAGAAAUCAAGCUUCUUGUAUGGAAUUAUGAAAAUCAAAUCUGGAAGGCAUAUAUUACCUUGACAGUCACUGACUGUGAUCUUUAUGGACUUUGUGGGGCUUAUGGUAUUUGUAACAUUAACAGCUCCCCCAGAUGUGAAUGUAUGAAGGGAUUUAUUCCCAAAUAUCCAGAGAAGUGGAAGGCAGUCGAUUGGUCUAGUGGAUGUGUUCGUAAAACAAGACUAGACUGUGAAACUGAAGCAGACUUUAUAAAAUAUUCUGGUGUAAAGUUGCCAGAUACACAGCACUCGCUAUAUGACAUGAGAAUAAAUCUUGAAGAAUGUCGCAGGCUUUGUCUAAAGAACUGCUCUUGUACAGCUUAUGCGAACGCAGAUGUUAGAAGUGGUGGAAGUGGAUGCAUUUUAUGGUUUGAUGAUCUAACUGAUAUUAAAGGAUACACAGAAUAUGGACAAGAUAUAUAUGUCAAGAUGCCAGAAUCUGAAUUAGUGAAUAACCGGAGAUCCAUACCAAAAAGGCUUAUAGUGAUCAUAUUAAGUGCCACAGUACUUGUUCUAAUAUCCUUAUAUAUAGUAAGGAAGAGAAAGCAGAGGGAAGAAGAGAACUUGAAAUUCAGUUCAGAAGGCGUUGCCUUGAAAAAUAUUGAGAGCGAAGAGUGGGAGUUGCCACAAGUGGACUUUAAAAGAAUUGUAAAAGCCACAGAUAACUUCUCCCAGGACAACAAGCUUGGAGAGGGCGGCUAUGGACCUGUCUACAAGGGCAUCUUAAUUGAUGGACAGGAGAUAGCCGUGAAAAGGCUUUCAAAGAAUUCUGGUCAAGGACUAGAUGAGUUCAUUACUGAAAUUUCUUGUAUUGCAAAGCUUCAGCACAGAAAUCUUGUGACGCUUCUUGGUUGCUGCACUGAGAAAGGAGAAAGAAUUUUGAUCUACGAAUAUAUGGCCAAUAAAAGUUUAGAUUCGUUCAUUUUCGAUGAAGAAAUAAGAAAAUCGAUCAAUUGGCCAGAACGAUACAACAUAAUAAUUGGCAUUGCGAGGGGACUUCUGUAUCUUCAUCAAGAUUCAAAGCUAAGAAUUAUUCAUAGAGAUCUAAAGGCCAGUAACAUUUUACUUGAUCACGAAAUGAAUCCAAAGAUUUCAGACUUUGGCAUGGCAAGAUGUUUUAAAGGAGGUCAAAUGGAAGCAAAUACAUCAAGAAUUGUUGGCACUUAUGGUUAUAUGUCCCCUGAAUAUGCUAUUGACGGACAAAUUUCUGUCAAAUCCGAUGUAUACAGCUUUGGUGUUUUACUCAUAGAGAUGGUGAGCGGAAAGAAAAACAGAUUAUUCAGUCAUCCUCAUCACAACUUAAAUCUAGUCGGGCAUGCAUGGAAGAGUUACAACGAGGACAUGCUUCUAGAUAUAAUCGACGAGGUGAUCUUGGACUCGAGUGACCAGAUGGAAGUGUUUCGAGUUAUCCAAAUUGGACUGCUGUGUGUUCAAGAAGAUCCAGUAGACAGGCCAGUUAUGUCCCAAGUGGUUCUGAUGUUGAGCAGUAAUAUGAUUCUGCAGCAUCCUAAGAAACCUGGUUUCUUCCUGGAAAGAAGAUUGCAGGACACAGAUAAAUUAUUGAGGAAACCUAAAUUUUCAUCAGGCAAUGAGCUAACUCUUAGCUCUGUCCUAGCUCGACAAUAGUGUAAUUCUUGAGAAUAUUGAUAACUACUAUUUUUUUUUUAAAAUUCUGCUAAACAAUGUAGUUUUAAUUUUAAUCCAAUCCAAUACUCAAGCCAGACUAU